GCAGUCUGCACGAGUAGGCAACUUCUUAAAAAACUGCCACGUAGAAAGUGGACGCACGGUGCCUUUUUCAUAACAUGCAGACUUGACUUUUGUUCUUGGCGCUGUGCUGUCCGUGUUUGUCCCCGGUCUCCUCAGUCCGUGCCAUGUUGUCCCUGGUGCUGGUGCCGGUGCUGUGGUGGCUCUCGUCCCCGGGGCUGCUGCUCGUCGGCGGGGACUCGGUACUGGAGGAAGCCGAGGACUUGAAGAUAGAAAUCCUGCACAGACCGUUCAUAUGUCACCGUAAAUCCAAGUUCGGAGACCUGCUCCUGGUGCAUCAGGAGGGCUACUUUCAGAACGGGACCAUGUUUCACUCCAGCCGUAUCCAUGGAGACAAGCAUCCAGGAUGGUUCACUCUGGGAAUCCGGGAGGCGAUCCGUGGAUGGGACAGGGGCCUGAAGGACAUGUGUGCUGGGGAGAGGAGGAAGCUCGUCAUCCCCCCUGCCUUGGCUUAUGGCAAAGAGGGAAGAGGUAAGAUCCCCCCGAACAGCACCCUGACCUUCGUGAUCGAGGUGAUGGAGAUCAGGAACGGACCUCGCUCUCAUGAGGCCUUCCAGGAGAUGGACCUCAAUGACGACUGGAGGCUCUCUCGCAAAGAGGUGAAGGAGUACCUGCGGAAGGAGUUUGAGCUGAACGGACAGCCCCCCAACGACACCCUGCACGAGCAGAUCACCGACAACAUCUUCAACAAGGAGGACCAGAACAAGGAUGGCUACCUGUCCUCCAGAGAGUUCACCUACAAGCGCGAUGAACUCUAGGUCUUUGCCAAGAACUAUAGGCCUACAUGAUCAACUACAGGCCUGCAAAGAACUAUAGAAAAAGAACACGAUUAACUAUAGAUCUACAUAUACGCACAGACCAAAACAUAUAAGCCUAUAAAGAACUAUAUGUUUACCUACACAAAGAACUAUAGACCUACAAGUGUGAUGAACUGUAGGCCUGCACACAUGGAGAAUUAUAGGCCUAGAAACACAAAGAACUAUAAGCCUUCGUGAUAAACUAUAGGUCUACACACGGCAAGAACUUUGAGCUUAGGUAUACGAAUAUGUUGAACUAGGCCUAACUAUACGCACAUACAAAAAGGUAUAGGCCUACGUUAUGAACUAUAGACCUACAAAGAACUAUAGACCUAUGUAUGCAAAUAACCACAGACCUACUAAGAACUACAGACCUACGCACAUGAAGAACUAUUGUCCUAUGUGAUCAACUAUAGGCCUACAUUAUGGACUAUAGGCCUGCAAAGAACUAGUCUUUUGAUGGCCUAUAGUUCAUCUCCGAAAUCAGAAUGGCCACUAUGAAUGAUGUUGAGUUUUAAAAAUCAAAAAACUUGUGGUGAGAUGCACAAAUAUUUGGCACUGGAAAUAUAAGCCUAAGUGAUAUGAAUCUGUCAGUGUCAAAUGGUGUAGGCUUGAGUAACAAAAAUGUUGUGUUUAUUUGCUAUCUGUGAACAUUUAGAGCUCUUGAACUCAUUUCUAUUUCAUACUUUUUUCUCUUGUAAAGUUACCAGAAAGGUAGUUGCAUCUAUUCUCUGUAUUUAUGCUGCAAACAGGAACAUGGCAGCUGCUUCAGAAACAAGUCAAAACUCACUCAUUGUAUUGGUCAUUUUCAGCCAAAAAACAAAUGGUUUUUUUUUUACAUUUUAAUUUUAAUGUUUUAUUUAUUUGUGCGUACUUGGUAUUGUAUGUUGUUUGGUGAUUAUCUAAUCUUUACCAUUUUAAUAAGUAGGACCACUCUUUUCUAAUGGCUAUCAAGGUGUUAUGUUGUUUUUUUUAAUUUUCUUAAUGUGUUACUUUUUUUUUUUUUGUUACGUUUUAUUUAUAAAUCAGGGUUGUAGCACACAAUGUGGAAAUUCCUAAAACAUCUAGACAAUGAAUAUUUUGUCAAACUGCAAACUAUGUACCAUUUCUAAAACUGUAGAGUUUUAAAAAUACAAAAUGCAAAUGUGAUUGU